UUCCCCCCACCCUUAAGGUGGCAGCGCCUCCACCGGGCAUUCCAUCGGGUGGCACGCUUCGACGAGACGACAGAAGACGUUCGUCGUUCGUUCAGUCAGUCGUGCUCUGACGUCCGUCCCAAGUGGUCGUCAGAGUUCAGUGAGUUCAGCUAAAGCGAUCGAGCCAGAGACUAGCAAGAGACACGGUUCUUUUACUAAGUUCUCGGCCGAAUAUAUCAACACAGAGACACUAUUUCGUCGUCCUCGUUCUGUCAGUAACACUUGGAUUACGCGCUGGCCACAUCUGGCCAGACCAUCAGUGAGAACGCACCAGCCAACUUGGAUUACCAGUGCAGUGCCACGCAACAAAUUGUGCGUACGAUUUGUCGGUCAUCUCUUCGUUCUGUGAUACCUGAAGAGUUGACACACGAUGGUGACCGGAGUGGGUGCCACGAUGCCAACCGGCGGUGUCACGGUCGGUGCAACACCACCGGCGCAACACGUGCCCCAAGAGGCUGGCCAACCCACCGCGCAAACCACCACCACGACUACAACCACCAGGAGAUCAGGAGAGAAUCGACGGAGCAAUAAACCGAUCAUGGAAAAGCGGCGACGAGCCCGCAUUAACAACUGUCUAAACGACCUGAAGACCUUGAUACUGGAUGCCAUGAAAAAAGACCCGGCAAGGCAUUCGAAACUGGAGAAGGCGGACAUCCUGGAGAUGACUGUGAAACACCUGGAAACUCUCCAGCGUCAACAAGUUGCCCUGGCCGCCGCGACAGAUCCGAAUGUGUUGAACAAAUUCCGAGCUGGAUUCACGGAAUGCGCCGGUGAGGUUGGCAGGUUUCCCGGUCUGGACGCCUCGGUAAAGAGACGUUUGAUGGCCCACUUGGCCUCAUGCCUUGGACCGGUCGAAGCCAGCAACAACAACGCUCAGGCUACGAAUCAACAGCCUGUCCAACCGGCGCCACCAACCACGCAGCUCCAAGUGCACAUUCUACCUCAAGUGGACGCGACACCAAGGAUCCAGGUGCAGCAAUCGAACGGUAUCUUCUUCACGAACGCCAACGGCACGGGCCUUCAGUUGGUCCCGACCAGGUUGCCGAACGGAGACAUCGCCUUAGUCCUCCCAGCCGGAGCUAAAGCGACCCCAGUCACGUCUCCAGCGACCUCACCAGCACCGACAUCGCCUCUGCCAACUCUGAUCCCGAUUCCUCAGAGAACGGCCAGUACGGCGUCAGCAUCCUCCUCGUCUUCCUCGGCCAGCUCGACCUCCACGUCAGCGGCGAGUCCUAUCGCCUUCGAGGCACCCCCAGCGGCGUACAAUACCGGCAACAGCCACAGGGAUGUCGCGACAUCCCCGGCUAACGGUUACACCAGCGACCCAGAGUUCGACCCCCGCGUCUACAGCCCACCUCUCCAGAAACCUCUCGCUCUGGUGAUGAGGAAAAGCGUGGUACCGGAGAUCGAGGACAAACCAUGGAGGCCAUGGUAAAGAACUACCGACCCGGUCUGAUCCUGAAGUCUUGCUGAAUAUCGAGAAGCAGCUGGUCGCGAGUGAUAAAGACAAUCUCGAGUGAUACAUAGAACGACUACGAAGGACACACGUGGUUCGGUUAGUCGUUCGUCGAGCCGCGAUUUAUACCGCGGAACACGGAUCAUUGUUCCUUACACGUAUCGCAUUAGGAGUCAGGGGUGCGGUUGGGAUUGGAAGGUGUCCUGCGAGCUAGGACAUCUCGAGCCAGGAUCGUGAGUUCGAUAAUUCCCGAGUGUGUGCAGUCGGCCAGUAGCCUAUGAGGCAGUGCCUUAUACAGUGCCUUGUAAAUAAUAUUCUAUGAUCGUUAAAUCGAGUUCGUCGUAACAGCCGGAAGAAUGUAAGGAUCCUUCGCGUCGUGUACCAUUUUCUUUGCGCCUUUCGUUUUCUCGCGCCUCCCGGCCCUUCUUUCUGUUUUUCGUAUUUUUUUUUUUUUUCUUUCAUUUCGCUCCCUUCUUUCGUUUGUACAUAUUGUUAGACGGAUAUUGUAUUUUAAGUGCCUUACGCAACAAGAAUCACCGAGGUCUUCCAUUCUGUUUCUUGUACGUAAAACGCCAAGCGAGUGUUGUGUACCGUGUUGUAAGUACGAGAAACCCUUGUAACUAACGCGAAAAAUGCCUAGUUUGUAGUUUUAGUUUAGCCAAGACGCGAAAGAGAGAGAGAGAUUGUGUGUGUGUUUGAGAAUCGCGUGCGUUAUGAUCGUCUUAAUUUAUAUUUAUAUGAGUGCAGAGAAAUGAAAUUUAUAAUUCCUCUCUAUUGUGAGAAUAGAAAAGAUCGACGCUUAUCACUGCAAGAGCAUCAAAUAAAUAUUGAUCUCUUUGUGAAAACCUAA